GAUACUUCCUACACACCGGAAAAUCUUGCGCAGGCGCAGUCCCUCGGUCGCACUCCUCUCGGAUCAGUACGACGUUCGAACCUCACCCGUAGGACAAAAAAAUGUUCGCCAUCAAGCUGGCCGCCCCCCUUUCAAGGACUGUGGUCUCUGCCACCUCCCGGUCGUGCAUCAGGCCACUGUCCGCUUCGGUCAGCAACAGCAGGCUCUUUGAUGAGUCGCAAGGCAAGGCCCUGGUUGCACCUGUCGGAGUGUCGGGACUGCCCCUCCUGGGUCUUAGCUCCACCCCUCUGAGCCAGGCUGUGCGAAGCUUCCAGACCAGUGCUGUGCAGCGGGACAUUGACUCUGCGGCCAAGUUUAUUGGUGCUGGUGCUGCUACCGUUGGGGUGGCUGGCUCUGGAGCUGGUAUUGGAAGCGUGUUCGGCAGUUUGAUCAUUGGCUACGCCCGCAACCCAUCGCUGAAGCAGCAGCUUUUCUCCUAUGCCAUCCUGGGAUUUGCCCUGUCCGAGGCCAUGGGCCUCUUCUGUCUCAUGAUGGCCUUCCUGCUGCUCUUUGCCUUCUGAGCAUGCCACCAUCCUAAAAACCCUCUCAAUUUUUUUUUAUUUUUUUUAUUGCGCACUUAGCUACUGUUGGCUGGCACCUGCCUCGGGUGGGUUGCUUGUAGGAGAGGUCAUCUGUACAUGCCCCGAUCACAGAAUAAAGUGGAAGAGAAAUAAACUGUUUCAAGUUCGUCA